CUAACACUUGCAUAUAUAUACUACUCGAUAAAAUCAUUUCAUGCCAGUGAAAGAAAGCAUGGCUGAACACGAUGGUGGGGAUGGUCCGGUGGGGGAGCAACCUCCACUGGGGUUGGACGAGGAGGAGGAGGUCUUCGACGAUGAAGACGAGGAGGAUCUGCCCCUGCCUCUGCCGCCGCCACCUCUUCCAGAGGAGGUACUGCAAUGGAGCUCAGGAUCAGGGAAUCUAUUCUCAAUGGCAGCUAUCCAUUCCGAUCUCCAACCAUUAACGCAGAGCCAUGUGGAGAUCGGGUCAGGGACCAUUUUUGCCUCAAUUUACCACGGAUGGCAAGGAACCUUUUCUUCGUGAUAUCUCCGAGAACCUUUUCUGUAACUCUGUUCACCCAUUGUUCAAUUGCUCCCUCCACUAAGCAGAAGCAGUCUUUCUCACCGCUCACCUCCUCUCCUCUGCUCUUCUCGACCACGCCCACACCACGCCCUCACCCACACGACACGCAGCCGCGCCCUCACCCACACGCAGCCACGCCCACACCGUCACCCACCGCCUCAGGCGGUGCUCACCCACGCCCUCACACCACAGGUCUCACUCACGCCCCCUCACAGAGUCACAAGGAUAUUGAGAUUUACAUAGCAAAUAAGUUUGAAGCUAGAAUGGAAAAAUCAGAGAGAAAGAGACCUGAUUCCUGAAGAUUGAAGCUUGAAGAGUAAGUGUACUCAGAGAGAAAUGAAGAUUGCUGAAGAUUGAAGGGAAGCCUGAAGAUUGAAGUCAAUUGAAAUCUGAGAAGGAAAUUGAAGCGUGAUUUGAAGCCUGAAGGGGAGAAAGUGAGUAGGAAAUUGAGAAUUGGAUUUUUUUUUUCCCUUUUCUUUUCCCCUUUCUUUUCUGAAUUUGAGUAGGAAAUUUGUUGUUAUAAAAUAGUCCCUCAAUUUUACCCCCACCUUUAAAUUUUGCCCUUUUUUCCUUUUUUUGGGCCUAAAAGAUGAUGUGGUCCAAAGAAUUUUUUUUUUGCUAGAGCUUCGGCAUUUUCCCAAGGUGGCCAGGCGCUCAAUCCGCCUCUGAUUGUAUUAUACUAUAGUACAAUGCAUUCGGAGAAUCUACAAAACCAAAUUUAACUUACAGAAAUCUGUAAAGCGUGUGUUGGGCAAGUGCAAAAAUUCAGCAUACUCCUGUAACCCCUCUUCUAUCUUGUGCAGUUGCAGUUCCAAAGGCCUCCGCGUCACAAUCCCUGAUCCCCUGGGCAGCAAAUCACGGCCGAGGAUGCUACAUAACACCGAGGACUUUCCAGAACUCUGAGGGCCGACGACGGCAAUGGAGGGAAGGGGUUCCAAGAGAGUAGGCAGAAUAGUGUCGCCGUCUUCGCCGAGAGCCGUGCAGACUCGCUCAAUCCGGUUCACAAGGGCUACCAAAGACUUCAUGUUGGCCAUUGCUUCGGGUGGAGGAAGAUCAAGCAGAGCGAAACGGGAUAUAGAAGAUGUUAAGAAUAAGAGUAAGCAGAACAAGUAUAUAGAAGAGGAAGAGAGAAAGAAGAGUUUAAAGAGAACGUGUGAAUGAGGAUAGGUUGUUUGAUGCAACCUCCUUUAUAUUUAUAGCAUUAGUCAAUGGGCCAAGUAUAAGGAGAUAAGAGUACAUGAGUUUAGUCCAAUAGUUAUCUUAUUCAUAACCAAAGAAAUCAUUCAUGAUAAUAUAAUAUAAAUAUAUGCCAAAGUAUAA